GCAUGGCUGGCUGGGUGGCACGUCUCCAUGUGUCUGACUCUACGAUGUCAUGUGUGUGUGGGGGUUACAGUGAGUGUGUUUGUGUGGACAGACAAUUGAAGAUCUGAGAACCGAUUUCACGCAGCCUUUUUUCUUUUGCCCCGAAUGCUUUUUGACCUGAAGCCUGCCCGUCCAUGAGUCCCGCGUGUUCUGGCCAAUACGCGCAAGCACCCCUGAACACACAUACCGCCAACCAUCAAAGGCAGCAAAGGCAAUCAGUCGACUUACUCGAUCACACAAAACGGCACGCGGACACGCAUGACGGACGGGACGAAAAAUGCCGUCUCCUUACGCACACACUGUGGGAAAAAUACACUCUCAGCUGGCCCCCCAGGGUGUGGCCGGCCAUCCUCGAGUGCCCCAUGCAUUGACUACCCUCAUUUCCCUCUCACAUACCGCAUAGGCUUGAACGAAUGUCUAAGAGCAGUGGAAAAAUCACUGCUGUAAGGUGUACAGCUCUCGCAGCCAUCCCGGUGGACCAGUUCGGAAGAGCAGACACUCACGCAAGGAACCAGCUCAGCCAAGGGCAGUCGGGCACAGACACUCCAUCACUAAGGCCAAUUUGCCUAAGGCUGCUCUCCGCCUCUCAGACUCACACGCGAGCCCCCGUCUUCAGCGGCUCCGGUGGUCUUGUCCUCCGUGGGCGUGCCGGCGAGCUGUUCCAUGACAGAGGCGAGCUGCUUCUCCAGCGCAUUCACACGCUGCGCCAACGCGGCCUCGCGCUUCUGCAGCUCCUGCACUACGCCGGUCAUCGAGUAGAACAUGUGAUCCUGAAAAGACAGACAGACAGACCCACACUGCGCCACCGGAACCAGCCAUCCUCCGUUCCAAAAUCUGCCAACUUACCAUGUCGAUGUACAAGGUCUCCUCAGGCUGGGGCUCCUUGUCGCCGGUCUCCUCAUCGCCUUGCUCAGCCACCUGCUCGACCUCGCUGGUCACGGCCUCUGCAUGAGCAGACAUGGGUGAGCCUCCGUGAGGGAGAUGUGUCGUUUGCCAUACCUGGAAAAAUCUUCUGAAGAUCCUGCGCCGUCAGACCUGCGGACGUAUCAGUCAGGCAGACACACUGGAGUAGUGGGUUUAUUUGCCGAGGGCCUUACCGAGGUGCACUUGGCUGCCGUCCUCAUCGCUGAGCCGUCUCCCCUUGUCCGGGUCGAACUGAUAAGUUUUCAGUGGUAUGUCGGCGAACUGGGAAGAAGACACGAUAAGUGUGCGCCCAUCUCGCGUGUGACGCGUCCCGAGUGGGUCGCAUACCUUCUCAUAGGCCUCCUCCAUCGACUCAGGUGUCACGUCCUGAGCAAAAGGCAGAUGCGCACACAGCACGGCCCGAUGAAUCCCCCAGAUGCGCCGUCCUUAAACUCUGAAGGGACCUGAAUGUUUCUCUUGAAUUUCUCAUCCGAGAUUCCUUUCAAGCCCCCAGGCGUGUAAAAAAUGAAAUCACUGUAGACUUUGUGAAUGUUCCCCCCCCCUCUUCCUCCGAUCCCACAUCCAAUAGUGCCUGUAGCACACAAGGCGACAGCAAAGGUGAUCGUUCCUCCCAUCCAUCAUUCUCACCCCAUCCAGCCGUGAACGGCGCCGGCCCCACGGGAGCCCCCCAUUGAAUCGCUAAAGCAGGAUCAUUCCGGCAAAACCCCUCGACCCAUUUCCGGCCAUUGACGGGAGGAGAGCCGCUGAUGAAAGCUGCAGGAAUCUGAGUGAGGCACAAGGCGACGGCCACAAGGGCAAGGGCGGCAGAGCUGCGCAUCAUGAUGAAUGACGAGAUAGCGAGGGAGACGGGACGAGGGCGCAACAUCCAAAAAUCCCUGGGACUCCUCUUUGG